AUGUCCAUCAAGUGGAUCAACUGUACCCGAUGUGAUAUCGCCCGAACCAAAUGUGCCUAUAGGAUGGGUUGUGGGUUCAGUUUGCAUGGGUAUAUGGUUGACUGCGCCGACCUAAUAGCCGGCCGAACCAACAAGUGUCAGCCGGCCUGUCAAAGGGCACUGAUAGCUCUGAUGAGUACCGAAGAGGGCCAAGAACUGGUUGAUUGUGAGUGUGACGGAUCCAAGUUUUGUGAACUGAAUAAAGAACGAAUCGAAGUGUGCAGAGCUUCGGUAGUGGCGGCCAUUGCCGAAGAUUCGGUAGUGUCGUGUUCGACGGCCCGUUGGAUCUGUUUAGCUGAUCCGGUAUGCAGUACUGCACUAGACUUUUAUCAUCGAUUUUGUCGCGGACUGUUCGAUGGACGCCGAUGUACGCCACGGUGUAACAAUAGUUUGUCGAUUUUGGACAGACAGGAAAAGGCAUCGAAAUUAAAGACUUGUUUUUGUGAUGGAAGUGAAGACUUUCCCUGUCAACGGAUCAAAGACAAUACCGAGAGACUGUGUUUUGGCAAAUAUGUCUAUAGUGUCGAUGACAUCGACGAUAAUGAAAUUGAUGUUAUGGGACAGCGAUCGUUGUCCACAACUGUUAAACCAUUGACGGAUAAGUUAUCACUAUUAGUAGUGUUGUUGCUGUUGUUGGCCAUGACUUGUAUGACAUUCACUGACAUCUGA